UAAGUCGUUGCUUUUGUACGAUAAUGAUGAUGAUCCGCAGUGCAAUCGCCAGAAGACUUUCCUCUUCUUCUUCCUUUUCUUAUGCUUGGUUGACCACCACCACUAACUCAUCAUCGUCUUCCUUAGACUUGGUUGAUCAAACCCUCCAUGGGUUUCAGAAGAGGAGCACGUGCUCAUCACCAACACCGCCAGUUGGGCUGCCUUCUUACAUGACAGCAGCUGUCUUCUGGGAACCAAACAAGCCUCUGUCCUUCGAAGAGUUCCACAUCCCGCGCCCCAAGUCGGGUGAACUUCUCAUCAAAACAAAGGCUUGUGGAGUGUGCCAUUCUGAUCUGCAUGUUUUCAAGGGUGAGCUUCCGUUUGCGAGCCCUUGUGUGGCGGGACAUGAGAUUACUGGGGAGGUUGUCGAACAUGGACCCGAUACGGAUAACAAGGUCACUCAAAGAUUACCGAUUGGAUCUCGUGUUGUUGGAGCUUUUAUCAUGCCUUGUGGUAGCUGUUCCUACUGUUCAAAGGGCCACGACGAUUUAUGCGAGGAUUUCUUUGCCUACAACCGUGCCAAAGGAACCCUUUAUGAUGGUGAAACUCGGUUAUUCCUCCGCAGCAGAAAACCCGUAUACAUGUAUAGUAUGGGAGGCCUUGCUGAGUACUGUGUUGUACCAGCAAAUGCAUUGACUAUUUUACCGAAGUCAUUGCCGUAUACAGAAUCUGCCAUUUUAGGAUGUGCAGUAUUUACUGCUUAUGGUGCUAUGGCACAUGCAGCUGAGGUUCGUCCUGGGGAUUCAGUUGCUAUUAUUGGAACUGGGGGCGUUGGAUCCAGCUGUCUGCAGAUAGCCAGAGCAUUUGGUGCCUCCGAUAUUAUUGCGGUCGAUAUUCAAGACGACAAACUGCAGAAAGCCAAGAUAUUUGGUGCUACUCAUGUUAUAAAUGCGGCUAAAGAAAAUGCUGUUGAUAAAAUAUUGGAAAUUACUGGUGGGAAAGGUGUGGACGUUGCUGUGGAAGCCCUGGGAAAACCACAGACCUUUUUGCAAUGCACGCAAAGUGUGAGAGAUGGAGGAAAAGCUGUCUUCAUUGGGCUUACAGCAGUUGGUGUAAUUGGGGAAGUGGAUAUUAACCGUCUUGUUCGUAGAAAGAUACAAAUAAUUGGAUCAUACGGAGGAAGGGCAAGGCAGGAUCUUCCAAAGAUAGUUAGACUAGCAGAGAGAGGUAUAUUUGAUCUCUCUAGUGCUGUUUCAAGAAGAUAUAAAUUUGAGGAGUCUGCCAGUGCAUACCAGGAUCUCAACCAGGGAAGCAUUGUUGGCCGUGCUGUGGUUGAGAUAAUGUAGUUUUGUUCCCUCCAAGCUGACUGUUCUUGAUGCCAGAGUUCUGCCUCAAGGUACAAGUAGACCCCGGAGUAGAUUUAAGGAACAUAAAUAAACAAAUCCCCCACGAGCAUUGCUCAAUACUCAUGCAUCAGUCCUAGAGAGUUGGAUGGUAGACGAUUUUCUGUGGAAUUCUCGCUUUUUUCUUUUCCUUCUGUUUUCCUCAGGCUGUUGAUACACAUUAAACUUUGCUUGUUUUUUUAGCUGUGUAUCAGGAUAUGAAAAUUGGUUGUGAUUCUUCUACAUGUGACUUGAGUAACAUGCAAUAGAAACACCCCUUUGUAC